AUGUUCCAACGUUGGUGGUUCCAGACCAUUGUGAUAUUUUGUAUUAUCACCAGUAGCAUCAACUUUCGUGUAGAUUUGAGAAAACGUCGAAUCGUCAGACUUCGCCUAUGGAUACAAGUUUUCAUGUAUAUCACAAUUAUUAGCUUGGCAUUAUUUAUACCCUUCUGUAUUAAGGAUAUUUUCGAGAAGUCUCAGCUAUAUUUAACAAAUCCGGUUGCGAUUUAUGCCAAUAAUACCACAGCCCUAAUAAGGAUUCUGAUGUUUUUGGUUGUCGCUGUGACACUGCAGCAGAGGUAUAAACGAUUAGAAUCCUGGCUAGAGGCCAUAAUGGAAAUACAAAUGAAUUACUUCGAUCGCCAAACUAAGCCUUUGGCAGAACUCAGAGAUGUGUCCCAUCGCAAAUGGUUAUAUUUGAGCAGUUUGAUAGCGGUCACACAUUAUGCCAUCGAAUCAACGAAUUUGGGGCUACACAAUUCGGAAAUGGAAAAUAACAUCGAUUUCACGCUAUAUCCAUUCUUUUUUAUGUUAUCAAUACAGCAUACGUUCAUGCUUAUACAUGCCGGGUUGUUAUGCUAUUUACGUGAAUGUUUUUCGAUUUUACAUGGGCAAUUAAGUCAAAGGUGGGUUGAUCCACAACUUCCUGCAAUCUACAAUCGAUUACGUUGCCUUUAUGGCCAACUGAAUCAGAUAUAUGGUCCAAGCAUGUUGUGUGUAAUACUGUGUGUACUCCUCUCCAACUCGAUGGUGGGUUAUAUUACCCUGGUCAUUAUAUUGUUACCGGAUUUGGAUCGUAUGAUAUAUAAACAUAUUUUUGGUAGCAUUUUCUAUGGUUUCUUGCUGAUUCAUUGGUAUAUUUACUUUAUGCUGUGCGAUGAGGUUGAAACGACCAUUAGGGAUAUUGAGAUUAUUCUUAUUGGAUACGCAACAAAUAAAUGUGAGAGUAUCGAAAGAGAGCUAGAAUUAUUGAUUCUCAGUCGUUGCCUACAUUCGCCGUCGGUCAAUUUUUGUGGCAUACUCGAUAUAAAUUGGAAUUCGUUAUUUUGUAUUUUUGCUCAAACGGUUUCGUAUAUUAUUACCCUGGUCCAAUUGGAUUAUGUUAAUUUAAUAUAG